GACCGUGUGCCGCAAUUACCCGUACGCCGAUCCGCCCGCCAGCGUCAUGUCGACGGAGGGCGGUCUGGGCGGCCCGGGCGCCUCCCCCGCCGCCCUGCCGUCGCCCGGGGGCGGCAAGCUGCCCGCCCUCGACCCCGCCCUCGACCGCUUCCUCGGCAAGGGCUCGCCGUUCGCACCCGCCUCCUGUGAUCCGCAGCGGCAUUCGCAGAGCGACGACGACAGCGGCUGCGCGUUGGAGGAGUACACGUGGGUGCCGCCCGGCUUGAGGCCGGAUCAGGUCCACCUGUACUUCAGCGCCCUGCCCGAGGACAAGGUCCCCUACGUGAACUCGGCCGGGGAACGGUACCGCGUGCGUCAAUUGCUGCAGCAGCUGCCGCCGCACGACAACGAGGUGCGCUACUGCCAUGCGCUUUCGGACGAGGAGCGCAAAGAACUGCGGUUGUUCUCUGGACAGAGGAAAAGGGAGGCACUGGGCAGGGGGGCAGUAAGGCAGCUGCCCGCCCCCGUGCACUGCGAUGCGUGCGACGAGACGUUGUCGACUGGCGACAUCUGCGUGUUCGCGAGCCGAGCCGGCCCGAACACGUGCUGGCACCCAGCCUGCUUCGCGUGCUCCGUCUGCAGAGAGCUGCUGGUCGAUCUCAUCUACUUCUACAAGGACGGCAGGCUGUACUGCGGCAGGCACCAUGCAGAGACAGUCAAGCCUAGGUGCUCGGCCUGCGACGAGAUCAUCCUUGCGGACGAGUGCACGGAAGCGGAGGGCCGCGCGUGGCACAUGAAGCACUUUGCGUGCUCGGAAUGCGAGCGACAGCUGGGCGGGCAGCGCUACAUCAUGCGGGACGGCAGGCCGUACUGCCUCGCCUGCUUCGACGCCUCCUUCGCCGAGUACUGCGACUCCUGCGGCGAACAUAUCGGCGUCGAUCAGGGCCAGAUGUCGCACGAGGGCCAACACUGGCAUGCGGCCGACGCGUGCUUCUGCUGCCGCACGUGCCGCUCCUCGCUGCUCGGCCGCCCCUUCCUGCCCCGCCGCGGCGCCAUCUUCUGUUCGAUAGCGUGCAGCAAGGGCGAGCCGCCCACGCCCAGCGACAGCUCCGGACCGAACACCAGAAUCCCCCGCCAGCAAUCGAGAACCCGCCCCCCACGCCCCCCGUCGCCCAACGAGAGCAGCACGCCGCCGCCCCAGUCGCCCUCCGCCUCUCGUCACCUGCCCACCACGCCCGCCGCCCUCCUCGCCCGCUCUCCCACCACGAGCGGCACGCGCUCGCCCAAGAUGGGCAGGAGGGCGUUGCAGCGGUCGCCGCGGCCGAUGACGGGCGGGGCGUCCGUGCCCAGCACGCCCAGUCUGUCGGAUAAUGGUGGGGGAGGCAACGAGUCGGUAGGGCAUGAGGAUGGGGCAGAUGCGCUCAUGAGAGGGCUGCCUGCCGCUUCGCCCAGCUGCCGCGGCCUUGACAGGGUGCUGCUGGAGCGCAACCUCGAGCGCCUGCUAACGGAAAGGGGGAGCGCCGCGCCCGGACUCGCCGGCGACCUUGAGAAGCUGCUGGCGGCGCGCGACCGCAGCCGCGAACCACUCCAUCUCGCCGACCUCAGUCUGGACGAUUGGCCGUCGCGAACGGGAGAGGAGGAGGAGGAGGGAUGCCGGCGGGAUCAGGAGAAGUUGGUGCAGAACAACCUCGACUCUGCACCACACCACGCCUCUUCGAUGCCCGAACUAGCCCUCGAAAGCCCCGGAACCUCAACUACACCAGGGUCGCCUAAUAAGAGGGGGGGCAGGGGGAAUCUGAGCGUACGUUUUCAGGGGGACAACGAGGCGUUCGAGAGGGACGAGCGAGACCUCGCCGAAGAGGAGGAGGAGGAAGCUUCGAGGAGGUUCCCUAGGAGUCGCAGCUACUCUGGGGGGCGGUCUAGGCAGCACGUCGACACGCUGGAGAGGCGGGGCGGCAAGCAGAGGAGGGCGGCCCACGGGGCGGCCGGCUCUUCUAGGCACAGGAGUCGAGACCACCACCACCGCGACGUCGAAGAAGACGACGACGCCGCCAGCUACUGUUCGACCUGCUCGUCGAGCUCCUCCAGCGACGACCUCGACUACCAGCUGCCGCCGCGACGCGCGUACGGCGGCGUCCGCAUCUCCUACGUGCCCAACGACGCGUUGGCCAUCGCGCGGAGGCGGCAGGCGUCGGUCCAGAAGUCGCCCACGGGGGGCAGAGGCAAUAAGGCGGCGUUGGAGGACAAGGACAAGAAUUGCGUGGUGUCGUGA